GCGCAACCGGUAACUGGUGUCUUGCAAGCCACAGAUCCGGCCUGCACCUCCGAGACCACCGAGGAGGAGAAAGAUGUGGGUUUUCGGUUACGGAUCCCUGAUCUGGAAAGUGGACUUCCCCUAUCAGGACAAGCUGGUCGGAUACAUCACAGGGUACAGCAGGCGCUUCUGGCAAGGCAGCACAGAUCACCGCGGAGUCCCCGGCAAGCCUGGAAGAGUUGUGACUCUUGUUGAAGAUCCUGGGGGUUGUGUAUGGGGUGUUGCUUACAGACUGCCAGUAGGAAAGGAAGAAGAAGUAAAAGCAUACCUUGACUUUAGAGAAAAAGGAGGCUACAGGACCACAACAGUCAUUUUUUAUCCGAAAGAUCCCACAACAAAACCAUUCAGUGUGUUGCUAUAUAUUGGAACAUGUGAUAAUCCUAAUUAUCUUGGUCCUGCACCUCUGGAAGACAUUGCUGAACAAAUUUUUAAUGCAGCUGGUCCAAGUGGAAGAAAUACAGAGUAUCUUUUUGAACUUGCAAAUUCUAUUAGGAACCUUGUGCCAGAAGAUGCAGACGAGCAUCUUUUCUCUUUGGAAAAAUUAGUAAAGGACCGUUUAGAAGGAAAACAGAACAUCAAUUGCUUAUAAAGACCUAAUGAUUGACUUUUCCAAACAAACAGAGCUUUGAGUCUUUAGAAAAUAGUUUUUGCACAAUUGCAAUAUGAUUUAGAAAGACCUUAUUUAUUUUUAAUGUAGUCAAGAUAUCAAAAUUUAUAGUUUAAUUGAAAGUAUCCUGAAACACAUCAUAUUUGAAAUAUUGGAGUACAGGUGAAGAAAAAAAAUUCAAGUUUUAAUAAUAAUAAUGAUUUCCUAACUAUAUGAUAUUGAAUACUUGCUCAUGAGAAGUGAGUUCUUAGAAAAAUACAAUGAAGGAUGCAGUUUAGAGCUUGUUUUUAUCAGAGUAAAAAGAAUUCUGUUAUUUCAUAUCACAGUACUAUUUUAAAGUUGUAGGCGAAUUAAACCAAAAGUCCAGUAAAUAUAAUAAGGUUAUACCUUCAUUAUUGUAAGAAUGUACAAUAAUUCUUAUACAAAAUUCUGCAACCAUGGUUUAAAAUAUACACGCUUAAAAUAAUGGGUAAUUAGAAUUAUACAGUAACAUAGAUAAGAUUUCAGCCUUGAUUGUGAACUUUCUUGUUAAGAUAUUAAAUGAGACCCUUUCCAAUUUAAGCCAAAAAAAAGCAGUUUUAAUAUAAAAAUGUCCUUGUAAUUAUAAUGUACUAUACCUCUCCUUCUUUGAGUAAAUGCAUUAAUUAACCACAUGGAAGAAAUUCAGCUGAAAAAGCACAAAUUACAUAAUACAAAUCACAUCCACUAACAAUGUAGUCUGUCAUUCACUUUGUAUUAAUCUUAUACUGAAAUUUUUCUUUAAAAAAUAAAGAUAGGCUUUCUAA